UUAGAGGCAGCUCUUCACAGAGAUGAUGUGGAGUUCAUCAGUGACCUGAUCGCCUGCCUGCUCCAAGGCUGCUAUCAACGGCGGGACAUCACGCCUCAGACAUUCCACAGCUACCUGGAAGACAUCAUCAACUACCGCUGGGAGCUCGAAGAAGGGAAGCCCAACCCGCUGAGAGAAGCCAGCUUCCAGGACCUGCCUCUUCGAACGCGCGUGGAGAUCCUUCACCGCCUCUGUGACUAUCGCCUCGACGCAGACGAUGUCUUCGAUCUGCUCAAGGGUUUGGAUGCAGACAGCCUCCGCGUGGAGCCAUUGGGGGAGGACAAUUCUGGGGCUCUCUAUUGGUAUUUCUAUGGAACACGAAUGUACAAAGAGGACCCGGUACAAGGAAAAUCCAAUGGAGAACUUACCUUGGGCAGGGAAAAUGAAGGACAAAAAACUAUCUCAAGUAUUCCUGGGAAAACAGGAAAAAGAAGAGGAAGACCCCCAAAACGUAAGAAAAUACAGGAAGAAAUUAUAUUGAGUGAAAAGCAGGAAGAGAACUCCUUGGCAUCAGAGCCACAGACAAGAAAUGGAUCACAAGGGCCAGGCCAAGGCACGUGGUGGCUUCUGUGCCAGACAGAAGAAGAAUGGAGACGGGUCACCGAGAGCUUUCGAGAGAGGACAUCGCUCCGGGAACGGCAACUCUACAAGCUCCUCAGCGAGGACUUCCUGCCGGAGAUCUGCAACAUGAUUGCCCAGAAGGGAAAACGUCCACAGCGCACACAGGCAGAGUUGCACCCCAGGUGGAUGUUUGACCACCUGCCUGUCAAAUCCAUCAAGCCAGAGGAGACGCCUGUGCUGACUCGAAUAGAGAAACAGAAGCGCAAAGAGGAGGAGGAAGAGCGCCAGAUUCUCCUGGCCGUGCAGAAGAAGGAGCACGAGCAGAUGCUGAAGGAAGAGCGGAAGCGGGAGUUGGAGGAGAAGGUCAAGGCCGUGGAAGAUCGAGCUAAGCGGAGAAAGCUCAGGGAAGAAAGGGCAUGGCUCCUGGCUCAAGGGAAAGAGCUCCCUCCAGAACUUUCCCAUCUGGAUCCCAGUUCCCCCGUACGAGAAGAGAAAAAGACCAAGGACCUCUUUGAGUUGGAUGAUGACUUCACCGCCAUGUAUAAAGUUCUAGAUGUGGUAAAGGCUCACAAAGACUCCUGGCCCUUUCUGGAACCUGUGGAUGAAUCUUACGCCCCUAACUACUACCAGAUUAUCAAGGUCCCCAUGGAUAUUUCAAGCAUGGAGAAGAAGCUGAAUGGCGGUUUAUACUGUACCAAGGAAGAAUUUGUAAAUGACAUGAAGACCAUGUUCAGAAAUUGUCGGAAAUACAACGGGGAGAGCAGUGAGUAUACCAAGAUGUCUGAGAAUUUAGAGCGGUGUUUCCAUCGGGCGAUGACAAAACAUUUUCCUGGCGAGGAUGGCGACACAGAUGAAGAGUUUUGGAUCCGAGAGGAUGAAAAACGGGAGAAGAGACGGAGUCGGGCUGGGCGCAGCGGUGGGAGCCAUGUGUGGACCCGAUCCCGGGACCCAGAAGGGCCCAGCAGGAAACAGCCGCCCGUGGAGAACGGAGGAAAGUCGUUGCCCCCUGCGCGCCGAGCCACCUCUUCCGGGGACGACCCGGGCAGCAGCUCCACACAGCCCCCUCGGGAGGUGGGCACUUCCAACGGCCGAGGCUUUUCUCGCCCCCUGCACUGCGGUGGGAUGCCCAGCCAGGCACCCUUUUUAAACCAGAUGAGGCCUGCAGUGCCAGGGACAUUUGGCCCUCUGCGAGGAUCAGAUCCCGCCCACUUGUACGGCUCCUCUGGUGUCCCAGAGCCCCAUCCUGGAGAGCCCGUCCAGCAGCACCAGCCCUUCCCCGUGCAGCCUCCAGUUGGAAUGAACAGCCACCGGGGACCCAGGCUAGGUGCACCUGAAGAGAACCCAGUGUGCGGGGGCCUGACGCACCUUUCCAACAUGGGGCCCCAUCCGGGGUCCCUGCAGCUCGGACAGAUGAGUGGCUCCACUCAGGAUGGAAGCAUGUACCCUCCGGCGCAGUUCCAGCCAGGAUUUAUUCCUCCCAGGCCUGCUGGGGCUGCAGCCCGGCCACCAGACUUCCCCGAGAGCUCAGAGAUUCCUCCUAGCCACAUGUAUCGUUCAUACAAGUACCUGAACCGCGUACACUCUGCCGUCUGGAAUGGGAACCACGGUGCCACCCACCCGGGACCCCUGGGCCCAGAUGAGAAGCCCCACCUGGGGCCAGGACCCUCUCACCAGCCUCGUACUCUCGGCCACAUGAUGGACUCCCGAGUGAUGAGACCGCCGGUGCCCUCCAACCAGUGGACUGAACAGUCGAGCUUUCUACCUCAUGGGGUCCCUUCCUCAGGGUAUAUGCGGCCGCCCUGUAAGUCUGCCGGGCACCGGUUGCAGCCGCCUCCAGCGCCAGCACCCAGCUCUCUGUUUGCAGCACCCUCCCAGGCUCUGCGGGGGGUGCAGGGAGGGGACUCCAUGAUGGACAGCCCAGAGAUGAUCGCCAUGCAGCAGCUGUCCUCUCGCGUCUGCCCACCUGGUGUGCCUUACCACCCCCGCCAGCCUGCGCCUGCCCAUUUACCUGGCCCUUUUCCGCAGGUAGCUCACUCCGCGUCCGUCGGCGGGUGCGCCCCCAAGCCCGCCUUGGGCAACCCCGGGAGGACGCCGGACAGCGGCCAAAUGCAGGAGCCUGAGAGCGACCGAGCAGAGCCCAUGCCUGGCCUCGAGGAGAAACCAGCCGCCGUUAGUGCUUCAGAGGGGGUAUACCUCAAGCAGCUACCUCACCCCACACCCCCUCUGCAGACCGACUGCACCAGGCAGGGCUCCCCCCGAGACAGGGAAGCCGCAGGCCCGGACCUCAAGAGCGAGUCCGCAGACUCCACAGACCACUGCAAGGCGGCCAAGGGGAGGAGCGCCUGGGCCCUGGAGAGCGGCUACCCCAGCCCGGCCGCCCACGGGUGCCUGCGGGACCUCUCCAUGGUGGCCGACAGGGGGGCCCUCCCCGAGAACGGAGUCAUGGGCGAGGCGUCGCCUUGCGGAUCCGAGGGCAAGGGCCUGGGUGGCGGUGGCUCUGAAAAGCCGCUCUGCCCCAGAGGGAAAGCCCUGCAGGAGGCCAUGCCGUGUCCGGGACAGAAUGCGGCUACGCCCCCCCACGCGGACCCCAGCCUGAUGGGGGGGUCCGUGAGCCAGUUUUCCCCCUUGUACAUGCCCGGCCUGGAGUACUCCAACUCAGCCCCGCAUUACCACGUGGCGCCGGGCCUGCCAGGCUUGGGCCCAGUGAUGGGCGCGAAAGCCUCAGUGCCCCAUCCUCAGCAUUUCCCUCCUCGCAGCUUCCCGGCCAACAGUCCCCACUCGGGGGUCUUCCCCCGGUACCGCCCUCCCCAGGGGGUGAGGUACUCGUACCACCCACCGCCUCAGCCUUCCUUCCACCACUACCCGCGAACUCCUUACUACGCGUGUCCACAGGGCUUUGCCGACUGGCAGAGACCUCUCCCCACCCAGGCAAGCCCGGGCGGCGCCCCGGCUGGCCAGCCUCCCCCGCCCAGGACCCUCUUCUCAGACAAGAAUGCCAUGGCCAGCCUGCAGGGCUGCGAGACACUGAAUGCUGCCUUAACCCCCCCGACCCGCAUGGAUGCAGUGGCUGCUAAAGCUGUCCCCCCCGACGGGCAGAAUCCGGGUCCAGAGGGAGAGAAGCCGGACGAAUCCAUGGAGAGGCCAGAGAGUCCCAAAGAGUUCCUAGACCUGGACAACCACAACGCGGCAGCCAAGCGGCAGAGCUCACUCUCCGCCAGCGAGUAUCUCUACGGACCCCCGCCGCCACCUCUGAGUUCAGGAAUGGGUUUCGCACCGUCCGCGUUCCCCCCCCACGGCAUGAUGCUGCAGCCAGGACCUCCGUACACGCCGCCGCGGCCGGCCGGGCACUUCCAGCCCCGGGCUUACUCUUCGCCGGGCGCUGCCCACCCGCCCUGCCAUCCCGGGGCCACCCAGCCCAACGGCCUCUCGCCGGAGGGCCCCCUCUACCGCUGCCAGGAGGAGGGCCUGGGCCACUUUCAAGCUGUGAUGAUGGAACAAAUCGGCAGUGGAAGUGGCAUGCGGGGACCUUUCCAGGAAAUGUACAGGCCGCCAGGGAUGCCGAUGCACCCGGUCCAGGCGCAGGCCUCGUUCCCAAAGACCCCAGCACCAGCAGCGCCGCAGGAGGAGCUCCCGCCUCACAAGCCCCCGACCCUUCCUCUGGAUCAGGUUGGAAGCGCUCGAAAGCUAGUCCGAGGAGGAAAUGGAAAGCCGUGCAUGAAGCCUGGAACGUGGAGAACUGGGGGUGUGGACCUCGCCCGGCUCCAUUCCCGUCCGCCUCCCCGUCCCUCCGCAGUGAAUCCCACAGCCCCGGAAGCACGCUCCUCAGCUGACCGGCCCGCAGCCUUCGGGGGCCCUGGGCCGGGGGUCCUGGCACAGCUGAACCCGACGGUCAAGAACGCCCGCGCUGCGGCGGCUGAGGACUUGUCCAGAGCCUGA